CAUUUGUUCUCUCUCUCUCUCUCUCUCUCUCUCUCUCUCUAGAAAUGACUAGGGUUUCCUUUCCUCUCUACGAAAUAUCCACCGCAUUCAAGGCAGCUUACUGAUGAGGUAGAGAAAAGGCUCUCUUCAUCGAGAGAGCCGUUUUUAGGAGGAAAAAAAUUUGCAUUUUCGUGGUCUUUUUGCUGCAAUUUGGAGUGAUUUUGCUCUGAUUAGCUCGAAGAGAGGAUUUCCGGAGCUUCUUCUGAGAACCGGAGCUAAAAAUUCGAAGAUCGAGGUCGAAAUAGAGGUUGAGAAGUAAAAUGAGGUUUUCUGGCGUUUCCGCUUAAAAUCGAGCUCGAAAUUGAGGGAUUUCAUUCGGAGCAUAGACAGAAAAGAGAUUUCAGAAGAUUUUGGGGAACCCGAACUUGAAUUGUGAGGAUUUGGUAGAUUCUUUUCUUUGAGGAAACUUUUUGAGCAUUUUCUCUUGGAAUCUUAGCUCAACGGGUGGAGAAUUUCGGUCAGACUGCAUCAGCUGAAGGAUUUUGGGCUUGUUUGAUCAUUUUGUUUGAAUCCAGCUCGGAUUCAGUUCGAAAUCAGGGCAGAGACAGGAUAUCCGUGUCAAAGAACCCUCGCAGAUCAUCUUUCUGCGAUUCUACGUUCGAGAUCGCGGGGAAGUUGCUCAGAACUGUAGAAAGAGACUAGCUCAGUGGUGAUUUUUCAGCGAAACGAGCCCAAAUCUGCUGAUGAUGAGCACUUUUCCAUGAUACAGGACGUAUCUCUGCCUCGUUCCUGAGAACAAAGGAAAGAGACGAGAAUCAGACAGUUUUAGAUUGAAUCGCUGGGCCUCUCCAUUUCUGUGCUGAAAAAGAGCUUUUCCAAGCAGUUUUCUGCAAUUCCAUCGGCCACAACACGGGGAUUUUCUAUCCCGCGACCGUCUCUGUGCACUUUUCUGCCAUCUGGCCGUAGUGUUGUAUAUAAGGUCGAAAUCUGCGCUUUGAAAGGCCGGGAAUCUUUUUAAGCUCGUUUUUUCGUCCAAACCUUGCAAAGCUGACGGAGUUUCCAAGAGGGCAAAACAGCGGGCGCAGGAGUUUUAUUUCUUCUUCUGCUUCUUUCACUCUUCCAUCUGAUUUUUUUCAUCCUGUUGAAGAAAUGGCGAUGGCGAUUGCUCAACAUCGCGAGAGUGGCAGCAGCAGCAGCAGCAUCAACAAGCAUCUUGACUCCGGGAAGUAUGUCCGGUACACAGCCGAACAGGUUGAAGCACUGGAGCGAGUGUACGCCGAGUGUCCUAAGCCAAGCUCGAUGCGUCGGCAGCAGUUGAUUCGCGAGUGUCCUAUCCUGUCUAACAUCGAGCCAAAGCAGAUCAAAGUCUGGUUUCAGAAUCGCAGGUGCCGCGAGAAGCAGAGGAAAGAGGCUUCAAGACUGCAGACUGUUAACAGGAAACUGACAGCUAUGAACAAGCUGUUGAUGGAGGAAAAUGAUCGCCUGCAGAAACAGGUCUCACAGCUGGUUUAUGAGAACGGGUACAUGCGGCAGCAACUGCAAAAUGCUUCUGUAGCCACUACAGACACAAGUUGCGAGUCUGUGGUUACCACUCCUCAGCAUCCUCUAAAGGAUGCUAAUAAUCCCGCUGGACUCCUGUCAAUUGCAGAGGAGACCUUGGCAGAGUUCCUUGCGAAGGCUACAGGAACUGCUGUCGAUUGGGUCCAGAUGCCUGGGAUGAAGCCUGGUCCGGAUUCGAUUGGGAUUGUUGCCAUUUCACACCGUUGCAGUGGAGUGGCAGCACGUGCCUGUGGUCUAGUGAGCUUAGAACCUACAAAGAUCGCAGAGAUCCUCAAAGAUCGUCCAUCUUGGUUCCGGGAUUGCCGGAGCCUUGAAGUCUUCAACAUGUUUCCUGCUGGAAACAGAGGGACAAUUGAACUGAUAUACAUGCAGAUGUAUGCUCCAACAACUUUAGCUCCUCCACGUGACUUCUGGACUUUGAGAUACACCACAAGUUUAGAAGAUGGCAGUCUAGUGGUCUGUGAGAGAUCACUAAGUGGUGCUGGUGCUGCACUGAGUGGGUCCACUGCUUCCCAAUCCGUAAGAGCUGAGAUGCUGCCUAGUGGUUAUUUAAUUCGGCCAUGUGAUGGUGGAGGGUCGAUCAUCCACAUUGUUGACCAUCUGAAUCUUGAGGCAUGGAGUGUGCCUGAGGUGCUGCGGCCACUUUAUGAGUCAUCGAAGGUCAUUGCUCAGAAAAUGACCAUUGCGGCCUUGCGUAACAUCAGACAAAUAGCACAGGAGAUGAGUGGCGAGGUGGUGUAUGGUUUGGGCAGGCAGCCUGCUGUUCUGCGAACUUUUAGCCAAAGAUUGAGCAGGGGUUUCAAUGAUGCCAUCAAUGGAUUCCAUGAUGAUGGCUGGUCCGUGUUGGAUUCAGAUGGAGUCGAAGAUGUAAUAAUUGCAAUUAAUUCAACCAAGAAUAUGGGCACCCACGUCACUAAUGCAAAUGCUCUCCCACUGCCUGAAGGCAUUCUCUGUGCAAAGGCCUCCAUGUUACUCCAGAAUGUUCCUCCUGCACUGCUGGUUCGAUUUCUGAGGGAGCAUCGUUCCGAAUGGGCUGAUUACAACAUUGAUGCGUAUUCUGCUGCAUCACUGAAAGCUGGCUCAAAUGCCUUUCCAGGAUUAAGGCCAACAAGAUUUUCUGGGAGCCAAAUCAUCAUGCCUCUUGCUCACACAGUGGAAAACGAAGAGUUUCUUGAAGUAGUUCGACUUGAAGGACAUGCCAUCACCCAAGAAGAAGCUGUUCUAUCAAGAGAUAUCCAUCUCCUGCAGCUUUGCAGUGGUGCAGAUGAGAAUGCAGUGGGAGCUUUCUCCGAGCUUGUUUUUGCUCCAAUUGAUGAAUUAUUCCCUGAUGAUGCUCCACUGCUGCCGUCUGGUUUCCGGGUCAUUCCACUGGAUUCAAAAACAGGCGAAGCGCAGGAUGGCUUAAGCGCACAUCGGACCUUGGAUUUGGCAUCUAGUCUUGAAGCAGGCUCUGCUGUGAACCGCACAAGUGGAGAUGCUUCUACAAACACUUCUAGCCUGCGCUCUGUGCUGACAAUCGCCUUCCAGUUCCCUUAUGAAAUCCACCUCCGGGACAGCGUUGUGACCAUGGCUCGACAGUACUUGCGGAGUGUCAUUUCAUCUGUACAGCGGGUUGCCACAGCCAUAUCUCCCUCUCGACUUGGAUCACAUAUGGGGCCAAAGCUACCUCUGGGGUCUCCAGAAGCUCUUACACUUGCUCGUUGGAUCUGCCAGAGCUAUAGUUACCAUUUAGGAGUAGAUCUCUUGAGGUCUGAAUGCCCAUCCAGUGACUCCAUGUUGAAACUGUUGUGGCAUCAUCCGGAUGCCAUUUUAUGUUGCUCUUUGAAGUCACCACCGGUCUUCACCUUUGCCAAUCAAGCAGGCCUGGACAUGCUGGAGACAACACUGUUGGCUUUACAGGACAUAGCACUGGAUAAGAUAUUUGAUGAGUCUGGACAGAAAGCUCUAUGCUCCGAAUUUGCCAAAAUAAUGCAACAGGGUUACACAUAUCUACCCGUCGGCCUCUGCCUGUCUACCAUGGGUCGCCAUGUUUCAUAUGAUCAGGCCGUUGCUUGGAAGGUCAUUGGCGAGGAUAGCACUGUGUACUGCCUCGCAUUCUCUUUCAUCAACUGGUCCUUUGUCUAAACUUUAUAAACCAAGCAAAGAUAAAGGACUCCUUCCGACGUGAUGUUUGUGCCCUGGAAUACGUUCACGUAUUGAAUUGACAAGGCACCGAUAGCAGUACGAUACUGUCUGAAGGGGAGGAAAUGAUUCGAUAACAUCCAGAUACUUGCUGGAAACGAUUGGGUCGCGUAAAAGCCUCAGAAAUUUUCUUGGAUAAAUGCCAUGUGCAGGCGGCUCCAAUUCACCCGCCUCACUCGUGGAAAAGUGGAACACGUUCGAGAUCGUAGUCCUCCAUCCAGCGAUGCCAUGUCUAAAAAAAUCAGGCCCGUUUGAUUGAUCAUCUGGUACUCUAAACAUGUACCCAUAAUCUCACUGUUGCUUAACCCUGAUAACCGUUCAUUUGUUUGUGAUUGUGACUCGAGCAUGGCGUUAACCUCUUUUCGAGUCUUGGAAUCCGUCGAGGGAGGAAUUCCCCCAUAUACGGCUCUGAUAUCACACUGGUAUUUUAAAGCCGCAAGAGCCAUGGCGGAAAUGCCUGUGACACUGGUAUUCAAGUGUGGCCUACCUCAGAACAGAGUUGCAAAUUUUCAGCAGCAGGAGGAUAUGGAGAAAGGAAAAGACAAGAUUACCCUCUCAUUAUUACAGAAAGACUUGAAUAUACAUGAAAAAGUACUCUUGAACCCAAUAAAAUUAACGAUGGAUGAAUGAAUUAUUGUCAACAUUAAAAGACUGUUUGUUUUGUCGAUUUUCAUGAUAAUGUGAUGUAAUUGUGUAUUGAUACUGUUU